UCCAUCAUACAAAAAGCCAUCUCUCCACACAACAAAAUCCUAUAAUAAUGCAAUUUGAUUCCAUGUAUAAAUAAUGUAACUGUUGUUCCCUUCAUUCAUCACACACCAAACACUUUUUCUUCAGGGACCAACUAGUUGUUGUGACAAUGGCUUCUUCUAUAUUGAACACGAAUUCUAGUACUAGCACGGUCAUGUUGGCCACUGCCAUGGCCGCCGUCUCCGGCACCGUCAUUGUCCUUGCUUUAGGCCUCCACAAAUUUCACCUACCAACAUCCUCAUCCCUCAUCUCUGCUUCAGAUGCGAGCAAGAGGGAGAAAAAGAAGAAGAGAGUGCAGUUUGCAGAAGACGUGGUUGAUCCGGUUGGAAACAGCGAAGAAUUUAGACGACGACAACGGAAUAGAGGCAGUAAUAACGGUAACAGUAGUACUAGUAGAAAGGGAAGAGAAUUGCAGGCUAACAGAAUGGCUCUCUACAACGGAAUUCUCCAAGACCGUGUUCUUCACCGCACUGCAUAUUCCUCGUAUUGAUGAUUCUUGCACAACAGUCAACACCUACAUCUUCUGAUUGUAAAUAAUCAUCAGCCCCUCGUGUAUGUAAACUUAAGAAUUGUUAGUAUUAGUGUUAUGAAAGGUCAAGUAAUGAAGGGUUCAAUUUUUAACAACA